AAAAUUUGUUGCAAAAUAAUAAAUAAAUACAAAGCGCAAUGGACGAUGCAAUGGAUAUGUCGCUGGACGACUACAUAAACAGUUUCAAACAGUCGAAGGCCGACCAAAAGUCUAGUUUAAACAACAGCAAUCGUUCUGAAGAAUCUAAAUUCAAAGAAGGCAGACGUGAACAAGACGACGAUGAAGUUGACGACGAAUUGACUUUGGAUUGCCAAGAAGAUGAUUAUGUUUCCCUGGCUCUUAAGAAAACUGAUUUACUGUUAGACGAAACCGAAAGUGUGGAGCCAAACGACUUGCGAAAUAAGCUUGUUGGUCGAUUCCCAAAAUCGUCCCAGCAAUGGCGUCUAAUGCAACCUAAUAUAAUGAAUGUUCGUCCAGCGGGUAUGCCUCCUCUGGUUCCAUCAGAUGCUCCACAAAACAGCUUGAAUGGAAACGGAAAUCGAAGUAAUUGGCGAAAUUACAACCAUAGGUAUCGCCGCAAUAACUCGAACAAUAAUAACAAUUGGAAUAAUAAUAACAACCAACGUAAUAACCAAGCAAACGGCAGAAUUCAACGUUUCAAUUCUUCUAACAAAACCAAUUUGAAUAGCAAAAACAUCAAAAUCGUUUUGGAGCAACUCAAACAACGCAAUCCGAUGAUUCUUUACUCGUCUGCUGGUACUCCAGACUUAACCAUUGAAUCCACAAUUAAUAACCGUCAAAACUCCAGUGGGUUCACAAAUUUCUCCAUUCCAAAGAUUAUGAAAGCAGAGACAAGCACGCAAUCACACGCAAUGUUGGAAUCCGCAGAUAAUUCGCAAUCGAAAGGUUCAGAAGCUAUUAAAAGCCUAUUGGGGGUAAGUGAAAUUGGUAUUCGAAAUGAUAUGAUGCCAGCAUUAGCUGGAAGAUUGCUAGACUUCUUAAACGGAACUAACCCAACAAUUCAUAAACCGAUCUAUGACAUGAAAAUUCAGAAAGAGAUUCAUGAAAUCCAGAAAAAACCUCUUCUAUAUAAAUGCCCUGGAGGUGAAGUAGUCAGUUCCGAUGGUGCAGGAGUUCCCGACUGUAAAAUUCAACCGAAGGUAUCAGGUAUCUCACUUAACAAUAGAUUUGCUUAAUCAUACGAUUCAUCAUAAAGAUUAUCACGUUUAAAUUCAAAUGAAAUCGAUUAUUUUUUUCAUUCUCUCAGUAUAUUUUAAGUUUCGGACUUUUUUCUUAAAAAUUAAAAAUUUCUUAAGAUCUAUGUAUACUUUAAAAUAAAAGUACA